GCAAGCGAUGGUGAUCCGCAAUGCGCAUACAUCCAUUGGCGAAUCGAUUCAGCGCAGGGGCUUAUCACCAUCAUCGUCCUUCGGGGUACGUUCGAGUUUCGAAUCCAUCCGAUAACUGGAAGAAAAUAUGGAGGAUAUGGAGAUUGAUCAAAUUGUGGAUGUUCCUGACACCCCUGAGAGAUUAACUAAUAGGCAUUUUGGUCGAAAAUAUGCUGGUAAUCCUGAUGUUUGUGUGAAUGAGAAGGGAGAGAGGGCUCCCCCUGUUGCUGAAAACAGUAAGAACGGAAGAUUGGCUUUUUGUCUUUCAAAGAGCUCAAACAGUGGUGAAAUGAAUAACUGCAUAGCUGCAUCCCCAUCAAAUAAUUCUUGUGCUUCUCAAAAUGCUCCCAUAUUUAGGAGGUCCCAAGCUGACAAAUCUUUUAGUAAAGAGUUCGCAUAUACAGCUGGAUCUGAGAAGAUGGAGAAAGGGAAAAAUAUAUGCCUUAAAUUUCCUUCUAACUCAUCUUCCGGUGGUGAUGGGGGUGUUACUGUCUUUGAUUUGACUGAAGAAAAUGGACAGCCCCAAAAACUCAAACCAUUUUUCUCACGUCAAGGAUUGAACGAUAAUGCAACUGAAACUAAGAAAGACGGGAAAGCAAACACUGGGAAAUCUCCUAUAUCUUGCAUCCCUGAUUCUUCAAAUAUAUCUAGCAAUGUCUUAAGAGGAAAGUGUAAAAUAGAUGAUAAAACAAAUCCAUGCUCAAAUGUAACUGUUGAUCGUGGAAAGAGUAUUGAUCUGUCUAGUGAUUCUCAUCAAAAAACUGAAAAGCAGGUGUCUUUGUCUCCUCGCCUUAUAACCGCCCCAAGAUUCAGAGGGCAGAAGAGAUUGGUGCGAAAUGGCUGUAUCUCACCUUAUAAUAUUGCAGCUAGAGCAAAACAAUCUGCUGAACAGAAUGAUGUUGAACAGGGCCAUGUGGUGGAUGAUGUUUCUGGCAACACAACUUCUCAUGCGAGUAUCAAUGAUAUAGUUGCUGAAGAGAGAAGCAGUAACAGAGUGAAGGGAAAAGGAUUAUUUAUCCAUCCUUCAAGUGUGCAUGAUGCCAGAACUAUCAACACAGCCAGCAGCAGCCCUAUGGAUAAUCAUGAAGAGGCCAGUGGUACCAGUAAUGCCAUCAGAAAUUCGCAUGAAAGCUUUGGGGAUCAGGGUUUGACAAUGACACGUAACUGCAGAACUACUCAUUGGCCCUUGCAUGAUGUAACUGGGCAUCGUUCAAGGAGAGGUGUAGAUUCUGAAAGAUUUAUUACGACACAAUGUAGGAACAGAGUGGGUAGAAGAGAAACUGGGAGCAGUCAAAACACUAUGGAUAGGUAUCCUCUAGAAAAUCAUGCAACUUCUUUGAUCAUUCCUGAUGCUGAACAGUCAACUAGACCUUGUAAUACAGCAGACAAACUGACUAAAAGGCAAAGGAAAAAUGCAUCAUCUUCUAGAAAUCUUAAUCCAGAGAUUAUGAUUCUUGAUUCGCCUGGGGAAUCAUCAACUAUAAGCUCACCUCAAAGUCCUGAAGUUGUCGAGGUGUUACCUGGAUCAACACACAUCAACAGAGCAUCCCAUGAUUCAGAUGACAUGAAUCCUAUUGAUUCAGAUACUCGGGCUAGACAGGUAGAAGCAGAUGAGAUAUUGGCCCGUGAACUUCAAGAACAACUAUAUCAUGAGGAUUCUUUUGAUGGGGGAGAGGAUAUUGAUGAACAUUUUGCAUGGACAUUGCAACAUGAGGAGGAGCUUCUGCAUACAUCUCUUGAGAGUCACCAUAUAUCACACCCUAGAUGGUUGUCAAGGGCAACCUCAAAUAGACAGCCUCGUUCCCGGUCUCACCAAAGUCCUUCAAAUAGAAGGAGAGCCGUUCCUCAUGUCCCUCCCUCUAGUAGAGUGUCACAGUUGAGGAGUCGCAUUUUAAACCGGUCUUCAGUACCUGCCACUGCAACCAGAGGAAGACGUCUCCGGUUUCCUGUGGAUAUGGACUUUGACAUGAGACUUGAUAUCUUGGAAGCAUUGGAGGAUGCAGUUGGAGAUAUUAGUGAUAUGGGAAUUGCUGAAGACAUAUUUCAAGCUCACCGAGACUUCAAUGAAAAUGACUAUGAAAUGCUGUUGGCCCUUGAUGAGAAUAAUCACCAACAUGCUGGUGCAUCUGUCCAUCAGAUCAAUAGUUUGCCGCAGUCCACUAUACAGACUGACAAUUUCCAAGAGUCGUGCGCCAUAUGUCUUGAGAUUCCAGUUACGGGAGAAGUGAUUCGUCAUCUUCCUUGUUUGCACAAAUUUCACAAAGAUUGUAUUGAUCCUUGGCUCCGUAGAAGGACCUCGUGCCCAGUGUGCAAGUCAUCAAUCAUCUAAUUCAGUUUACCUUGCAACUUAAAUUGUCCUGCUGCGAUGGACUUUCUUAGAACUCUCAUUUUUGUCCGUCAAGGUAAUGCCGAGCGAGAUAAAAGUGUAAUGAAAAAAUGAUUUCUUUUGCAGUUACACUUUUGACUGAGAUCUCGGGAAAAAAAAUGGAAAUCGAUUAUUUUUGCUUCCUCA